AUGGUAGCAUUGUUUCCCCCGCAAAGCAGCCAUAGCACCCGCCGCCUUUGCCCCUCGUAUCCUUCCUACAUCCCGCCCUUGGACCAUGAUAAUGUCUCAGAGCGCGAGGAAAUUCCCAGGAGGGAUUAUGAGGAUCUUUCACUGGAUCGUGAAGGUGGACCGUAUAUUCGAUGCUCCCCGCCUGAUCUAGUAACUUGGAUGAAGCUCAAUGGCUCAUUCGAGUGGCUUGAGCCCCUGGAUAAGGAAAUGGCGGAGGAGAUGCUGCCACAUACCGGAGUUGAAGGCGAUCGGCCUGUAGCGCCAAAAGCUGACGUCGAUGCUCUCGUCAAGCAAGUCAGCGAUUUGGGUCUUGUGCUCCCCACAGGAUUCGAGGCAUUUGUCCGAAGCAACAGACUGCACCACCGUAUUCCGAGCACUUCGGCCUGGUACUUCCGGCUCUCAAAGCUCAUCAAAUGUCCAGCCGCCAUUGACGAUGACCAAGGAGGCUAUCUAUGCCGUUUUCAUUUCGACCAGCAACACUGUGCUUUUGCAUACCUGUAUCUGAGCCCAUCGGGUGGUCAUUGCGUUUUGCUAUCGCAGGUUGACGUGUACGCAUGCUUCAACGAUGACGACGAAAUCAAUGGAGGGCAAGCGGAUGGGGAUAAUGCUGUGGACGAGGGAGGAGAUGCGCAUGACGACAGCGAGCUUACAAAGGAAUACUUCUCCCUCGCUGGCCUUUCAUUUGAGGAGUAUCUUGUGACAGUCUACUUUGAGGGACUGCUCAGUUUUGAGGCUGAUACUUUUGAGGGACUGAAGGAUUUUGUUAAGCAUGUUUAUCGCUCGCCUAGGGACGUUGAACAUCUGCGUGAAACGAGUAAGUCGUACAAAGAAUCUUGUGAGGACAAUAUGCUGAUCAAGUCCAGAUGA